UGGCUAUAUCAACAUUUUCUUCCUCACACAGUAUUUUGUUUUUAAACAAUGUAGUUGAGGGGGCCGAAAAGGAAUCUUUCCCUUUAAUUAGGAGUUUAUCUAGCUUUACUACUAUAUCUUUUCCCAAGUUGUUUCAUAGAAUUUGUGGUAGUAUUUAUCAUUGAGACUUUAAAGAGUGCCACUUUUCACUUAAAUAUUUAGAGAAGUAUCUUAUCAACCAUAAAGAAAGGUUUACCAAAACCAAUUCUUAGAAAGACUUAGUUCCCAUGAUGAUGGUUAUUUUUCCAUUUCAUCUAUUUGGGAGAGUGAAUUGUUUUUGAAUUCGUUGGAAUCGCAGAGAAUUGAUAGUUUGGAGCAUUAAUGGGAGGGAUACUCUCCACACGUACAAGAUCACGCUAUCCUUCUAGUUCACAAUCAUGGAGUCAUAACAGCUAUCCCCAGUCACCAUAUGCUCAACCAAGCCAAGAACAUACAGCAUACCAGCACUAUGCACCUCCACCUCAGAGCUAUGGUGAUCAAGCACCAAAUUCUAGGAGAUUGGAGAGAAAGUAUUCAAGGAUAGAUGAUAAUUAUAAUAGCCUGGAGCAGGUUACUGAUGCCCUGGCACGUGCUGGCUUGGAGUCUUCAAAUCUUAUUGUCGGUAUUGAUUUCACAAAAAGCAAUGAGUGGACAGGUGCAAGGUCAUUCAACAGGAGAAGCCUGCAUCACAUUGGAGAUGAGCAAAAUCCCUAUGAGCAAGCAAUAUCUAUCAUUGGAAAAACAUUAUCUUCCUUUGAUGAGGAUAACUUAAUUCCCUGUUUUGGAUUCGGAGAUGCAUCAACGCAUGAUCAAGAAGUUUUCAGUUUUUUUCCGGAUGAGAGGUUUUGUAAUGGAUUUGCAGAAGUUUUGACACGAUAUAGAGAAUUGGCCCCCCAGCUACGACUUGCAGGACCAACAUCUUUUGCCCCUCUCAUUGAAAUGGCUAUUACAAUAGUUGAGCAAAGUGGCGGCCAGUACCAUGUUUUGCUUAUAAUAGCUGAUGGGCAGGUGACAAGAAGUGUUGACACUGAGCGUGGCCAACUAAGCCCGCAGGAAAAGGGAACUGUUGAAGCAAUUGUGAAAGCUAGUGAGUACCCCCUGUCCAUUAUAUUAGUUGGGGUUGGAGAUGGACCAUGGGACAUGAUGAAGGAAUUUGAUGAUAACAUCCCUGCCCGGGCAUUUGACAAUUUCCAGUUUGUGAAUUUUACAAAAAUAAUGUCAAAGAACAUGGACCGAUCCAGAAAAGAAGCAGAGUUUUCUCUUUCUGCUUUGAUGGAAAUACCUUCUCAGUAUAAAGCAACACUAGAGCUUAAUAUUUUGGGUGCUACUAGAGGGAAGGGCAUCGAUAGGGUUCCUCUUCCCCCUCCCCAGUAUGGUGCUGGUGCAGAUUCAUUCAGGAAGGGCAUUGAUAGGGUUCCUCUUCCCUCUCCCCGGUAUGGUGCUGGUGCAGAUUCAUUCAGAAACCCAGAACCUGCUCAAUCAAGCAGCACUCGUCCAAGUGCGCCUUCUUCUGACAGACAUGAUGGCACAGCAUUUCCUGGAAGUUCUGCUUCUGAUAAUCAUCUUUGUCCCAUUUGCCUCACCGACCCUAAGGAUAUGGCCUUUAGUUGUGGACAUCAGACAUGCUGUGACUGUGGUCAAGAUCUCCAGUUAUGCCCCAUCUGUCGAAGCACCAUCCACACCAGAAUAAAGCUCUAUUAAAUGGCAUCUGCUUGCAUUAACGAAAAACAACCGAGUGAGUGCUUGUCCCAAAAUAUUGUAUUUCUCUAUUGUCAGCACUGCAACUCCAUGUUAUGCUAUGUCUAUGGAUUACUACUUGGUGUGGAUGUGCAUAACAGAUCAGAUGGAAGGUUGUUCACAGGAUCUUUAGCCUUGUAAAUAAAGCAGUUCUGGCUGUUCAUUGCCUUUAACUAUAUAUAGUUUGAUCAGCUAUGGGAAGCCGGGUUCCAUAGCUGGCAGCCUUGAUUAUGUAGUAUUGUUGUUUGAAUUUAAGUUUACCCUGAUUAAGGUGGCGGGGACACCGGACCUGGAAAUAUAGUUCACACCCGUGCUUGAUUGUAGAUGAUGGAGUAUAGCCGAACCUAUUAUUAUUAGGCUUAAUUUAUAUUGUUUUAUUACAUAUUUUAUAUAGUAGGCCAUAAACCUAUUUAUUGGUUUUUGUUAGAGUUUCUUUGUUUUGACUAUUUAUAUGCUAUUUUCUGCCAUAUGGACAAAUUUAUUAAUUAUGAAAUAGGGCUAUGGAAUGCUAUCACUAUAAUAUUGUUGAAAUCGGUCUCACCUUACUCGGAUAUGCUAUCUCCCACAAACAUUUGUUCUUAUAUCUUCAAAACUGGUUUUUUUUUUUCUCAUCAACGAAAUGCCUACACUAAUUCUUCAACAACAAUCUUAUUUUUUGAAACUUCUGAAAUGAUAACCUCACAAUGCAUUUCAAUUUUAUUUUUUUUUGUUUCGCUUUCAAUUUCUACAUAAAUAUAACAAACAUAAACUUUAUUUUCACCUUGCCCUGUCCAUCUUCCUUGGUUAUAGUCUGGAUCAACUAGAAUGUUGUUGCAUGAAUAUUUCAACUCGUCAUAUGCAUGCCGUUCAUCAUUGUAAGUUCCAUGAGACUUCAUUAGUUUCCUCUCCAUCAUUACAACCUUUGCCUUCCUAUCCUCUUGUCGUUGAUUAUCCAUGGAUUAGAAUUCUCGUGUUUACCCUAUUACCUCAUCUCAUGGUGUCGUCCUUUACCUCACCUCCUUCUCCUCUGUCUCUCGAUUAGAGAACUCCUUGCACUACUCCAUCAUCGGUCCCUUGUCUACCCCUCCAUCUAGUUCCUAUUCUUCAACUCCAACACAGUCUCGUACUGUCUCUCAUCAUUUAUCCAUCUCUAGGACUCUGCCUGCGUAUUUUGGUCUUAACAUUUUCACAGACACUAGCUCAUCCAUUUCAUCUUCUCCUUCAAAUCACCCACCUCCUAUCCAUACUUACCCUAUGACCUUUUGUUCAUGCCAGCUCAAACAUUAUCAUGUCCUACAUUUUUCCCUAGUCAAGGUUGUUUUACCCUCUUUAUACAAUUUGUUUCACUGAGGCCAAAAUGACAUCCCAUGUGGAAAUCAGUGAUGAUAAGGGAAAUUGACGUGUUGAUUUGCAAACUCACCUCUUCUUUGGUUCUUUUUGAUCUCUCUAUGAAUGUUACAAGGCUUGGUUGGUAGCUAAGGGUAUUAUCAACAAAAGAGUAUUGAAUUUGACGACACAUGAAUUCCUAAUCAUGCAAUGCAAGGAGAUAUACCUUUCCUGUUCUGGAUUUUUUUUAUACAUUAUUACUUCAACCUCCACUAAACGCAUUCUCCUACUUUUAUUUUUUAAGAAUUGCUUUUAUUCGAUCAGGGUUGAGUUGAUUUGAAAAAAUUCUUGAAAAAUGUUAGAUUGGAGGAGCCGUGGGAUUAAUCUAAUAAUAAUUAAUUGCUUUAAAGGACUUGAUCAGAGCAAUUAAGUCUGAUGCAAUCAUAACUCGAAGAAAAAGACGUACAUUUGCUAUUUUUAUUGUCGGUAACAACACUAUCUUAACCUUUCUUCUUGAUAAAUUAAUCUGCAUCUACCGACACUUUUGUAGAUCUCUCCGAAAAAUCUGAGGUUAAAAUCUCUUCCUUACUAAUUAAAAAAAUUAAUUAGCAUGUCCCAGUCUCACCAGCAUAUUUCAGCUUCUUGAUGCCUUGAAUACACUCAACGACUUUCUGUCUCCUGUCACUUUCAUUUUAAAGAUAACAAGACUAGCUAGCUACCGAUCUGUCCCUUUAGAUAAUGGGAAGUAAAACACCACACUCUGAUUUCCUUCAAAAACUCUUCUGGGUUCUCUUCAAGAAUCAUUAACCACAUCUCUCUUUGACAUGUCAUCAGUCAGAAAAUAUUCUUAUUAUUACAGACUUGGACACGAAGGUUGGUUCGAUGAGGAAGCUGAGGAAGAGAGAGCUUUGAGGAGGGUAAGGAACUUUUCUAGGCUUAAAAAGUUCACCAUUACGAAGCGUCUGAAGCUUCGAGUUCCGGGCUUGAGAAGGUUCUUGAGGAAAAGAGCUAGGUUAUUCUCUAGGGUUAAAGUUUCCUGGCUCAAGGCAUGGAAGAGGCUGAAGAAUGGCCAGGCUCAUAUUAACGACCUUUUUGGUGGAAAUUUUCUAGUUAUGCAGGUCAACCGUGCACCUUUCAAAUGUGGUGAGAGACGUUUUAUAGCUCACAGCCUUCAUGGCUUGCCUCCAAGAUAUCCUCUUGGAAAAAUUGCAUGAAGAGUCUUCUAUGCAAUCAAAUUUGCUUGUGUAUAAUGUGUAGUUUUUCUCAGCACUCGUAUAAUGUGUUUGAAUAAACUAUAGUUUGUCGGUUUA